AUGGCCAAGAUGGCGAGCAUUGAACUCACACCCGAGAAGCCUGAAUUCUCCGCUGGAAGUUGUCAUACUGGCCAGGAUACUUUGAGAGAAUGUAUGGCACAGAUCGUGGAAUGCAUAGGCGGACUCGCUAGAUCUUGUACUCAAAACUAUGGAGACGUCGACACGCCAGAGGGUCAUCUCCUCGCUUUUCCCAACGUCUUUCAACAUGGCAUAUCCUCUUUCAAGCUGCACGAUCCGACAAAGCCGGGACAUCGACACUUCAUCGAUCUUUGGCUGGCUGACCCGCACCGCCGAAUCCUUUCAACGGCGAAUGUACCGCCUCAGCAAAAGGAUCGGUGGACUGGAAGUGGUGAAGUGCCUAAGGGCCUUAUGAAUGUUGAGGAAGCGCGGGCGCAUCGGCUUAAGCUGUUGGAUGAGAGGACUGCGGAGAAGACGAGGGCUCUCUGGGAGUCGAUUGAUUACAACUUCUGUGAGCACUGA